AUGCGCGCUUACGAUGAUGCGGCGGAUUUCCCUGUCGAUAUCUCUACCUACGCUCACAAUCCCCCGCCUAAGUCACUCGGUUUGGUCCGGUUAAAGGAGCCUGGUCUUGUGACAAGUUUUCUCUCUACGAACUGUGCCCCGACAAUCCAUGACGAGAUCUUUGUUCCCACUUUGCGUGCCGUGGCAGAUGAUCUACAGCAGCUCAUGCGAGGUGAUAAAUGGAUGAAAAUGAGGAAAGAUGAUGGUACGAAAAGAAGCGAGAAGGGGAGCCAUGCUAUCUGGAGGCAGAAGCGACGAAAUGACAAUCAUGCCUCUACAGCUUACACACAUGAUCUGUUACACGAUGGCCACCUGGAUCGUCCAUUCUGGUACUCCGUUAGGUCAGAAGGCACCUACUCGAGUACUGUUCUGUAUUCCAUUGUUCUUUUCUGA